AUGUCGAGGACACGAUUCUCUUUCGAUUUUUGGACGGUCAACACGGCUGGUGAAAUGGUGUACUCGUGUUUCAUCCUCCUCUUCCUGGCCAUCGGCCUUGAGGCUCUAAAAUGGGCACGGUGGAGGGCCGAGCAGCACUGGGAUGGAAAGCUGCCUGAAACAUAUAUCGGCAGACUAUUUCACCACGCCCACUUGGUUCAGGUGCUCCUCUUUUUCAUCCAAAUCACCCUCGGCUACUUGUUGAUGUUGGCGUUUAUGACGUUCUCGAUCUGGGUUGGGCUGGCGAUUGCCAUCGGCUCCGGGAUCGGGUUCUACUUCUUCGGCAGCCGACCCGUACUCCCUAAUCGUUCGCGGCCAGGCGAGGAGUGCUGUGGA